AUGGUGAUGUUUUUCAGAGUGUCUGGAGGUGAACUAUUUGACCGCAUCGUAGAGAAAGGAUUUUAUACUGAAAAGGAUGCCAGCACUCUGAUACGACAAGUCUUGGAUGCUGUCUAUUAUCUUCACCGGAUGGGAUUGAAAAGGUUCUUGUUUUAUGAGCUGAAAAGUAUCACAAAUAACUUUGAUGACAGAACUGUGUCAGCUGGUGGCAACAAGAUUGGCGAAGGAGGCUUUGGAGUGGUUUACAAAGGAUGCAUCAACGGCCAAACAGUGGCAGUUAAAAAACUUUCAGCUUUGGCUAAUAUAUGUAUCGAAGACCUGAAAAAGCAAUUUGAGCAAGAAAUAAAGAUUAUGGCAAAAUGCCAACAUGAAAACUUAGUAGAAUUGCUUGGUUUUUCAAAUAAUUUUGAUCAGCCUUGCUUAGUAUAUGAUUAUAUGCCCAACGGCUCCUUGCUUGAUAGAUUAGCUUGCCUGGAAAACUCUUCACCAAUGCCAUGGAAAACAAGAUGCAACAUUGCGUACGGGGCAUCAAAUGGAAUCUCUUUCUUGCAUGAAAAUAACCACAUUCAUCGAGAUAUUAAAAGUGCAAAUAUCUUACUAACAGAAUCAUUUGUGCCAAAACUUUCUGACUUUGGGCUUGCAAGGGCAUCGGUAAAAUUUACACACACUAUUCUAACAGAUAGAAUAGUUGGGACAGCAGCUUAUAUGGCUCCAGAGGCAUUAAGAGGGGAGAUAACUCCUAAAUCGGAUAUUUUCAGUUUUGGCGUGGUAUUACUUGAAAUAAUAACUGGGCUUAGUCCUAUGGAUGAAAAUCGGGAUCCCCAGUUACUACUGUCCAUCAAAGAGGAAAUUGAAGAUGAAGAAAAGACUGUUGAAGAUUAUGUUGAUAAAAAAAUCAGCAAUUGGAACAUCACGUUGAUUGAACAAAUGUAUUUAAUUGCUGCCCCGUGUCUGCAUGAGAAGAAGAACCGGAGGCCAGAUAUUGAAAGGGUCAAAGAACAAUUAAAAGAAAUGUUGAUCGGAUAAGGUCAGUUCUGUAUCUUAACUUGAUGUUUAAAUAAACCUGUUUUUAUAUCUUGACUUGAAUAUUUGUGUUCCUCUAUGAUGGUUAAUCAGUAUUUUUUUAAAUGAACACAAUAAGGUUUGUGGCCCUUCUAUCUAUUCAUAAAUUAGGAUCUACAAUAUAGUGAUAAAAAUGUAUUCAGGAAUACCAAAAUGAUAUCUGCAACAAAGAUUAUAUAAUCUUGUAUUUUUAAAAUCAUGUAUGUUUCUAUUAUAUAUUCUAAACCAAAUAUAAUUUAUUUUCAAAAACAUUGUCUCUUUUCUAGUCUGGUUUUCCUUAGCAUAUUUCUUAAAACGGUUUCUUAAUUUCACCUUUAGAGUCAGUUUUUACUAUAAUCUUAUGUAACUUUGUUUCUGAUUGCUAAGAAUGAAAAAAAAUGGUUUAAGGUUGGAGAAGCUAUCAAGACUCUUCAGUAUUGGAAGAUUUGCUUUGAAUGGAUAGCUGAGAGGAAACUGUCUUUAUUUGCUUCAUUUUAGCCUAGCAAAAGUUUCAUUGUAGGUUUGAUGCUAAAGUAGGCGAGAGCCUUAUUAUUUAUGGAUUAUCUCACAAAGUUUAUUAAAAGGAUCCUAGUAAAGGUUUAUUAUAAGGAUUAUAGUAUUAA